AUGUCGAUGUCGCUGUCAAGUCCUAGCACGAGCAGCGGCAGUAUAUAUCAGCGCGGAGUCCGACGUCCACCACCGCCUUCCGGGCCCCGACUUCGAGGAAGGCAAUCGUCAGCGCUAGCCACCCCGAUCACUCUCUUCGAUAGUAGCUAUAGUACCAGCGGCUUGAGUUACAAUGGGAGUGAUACUGGGUCGCCGCCGGGUACGCCGGUGCCGUUUAGUCCUCCUCCAAGCUAUCAGCAGCACUCCCAGCCUCCUUCAUCACCUGCUGUUUCGACCCAUUCGAAUUCGAGUUCAUUCCGUGCUGCUGCUGUAGCUAAAACACCUGCCACUUCGACGCUGGCGACGAGGGAGCGGGAGGAGGAGGAGGAGGAGGGGAUGGAGACGAAUCUCAUGAGGCCGAGGGUCGGCAGCUACAUAGCAACAUCAUCGACAACCUCAACCCCCAGUCACGUAUUCCCGUCGACUCUCUACACAAGCAGCCCAACGUCCUCGCCUUCACCGCCACCACAGUCUACCAGCACCUCACCGACGUCAGCGUCAAGCGUCAACGACAAUGGUGCGAACGGGAAUGGCAAGGGACUACCAACGUCGCUGUCGGCAAUCGAGGAGCGUGACUCUGAGUACCCAAGAAUGAAAUUGGGAGAUAUCGGUGAGGAGGAAGAUAGUGAUGGUGUCGGUGUACAAGUCGAGGAACGACGUGGAGGAGCCAGGGUGCGUCCGCCUUCGGCACUACAGUCACCUCUCUCCCCGAUCUCCCCGCUCUCCCCACCCCCGCUGGUUGACUCCGAUGAUGAUGAUUUAACCGAUCACCGUCCCCCUCUUUCGCCUUCACCCUCACCCUCGCCACCGCACCCUCCAACUCCUCCCCCUCUGCAUUCGUAUCCGCAUUCGCCCCAAUCAAUCCCUUCGAGAUCUGCCACAACGCCGACCCCGACGACAGCCACCACACCAGUACCCAAACCCUCUAUCCAACACCUUUCACCCCCGCCACCGAUCAACUACGACUCCGUCCCUCUGAAAUGGAAAUCGCUACCGCUAGAAGCUGCUAUGUGGACAUUCACAUCCAAGGAACUACAACACAUCGUCUCCCGCGCAAUCCGUACGUCUGCACGCGAAUCCUUCAUCCGUCUCCUCUCCCUCAACAUCCUCGACAACGAACUCCCGAACGAGCUCCAGCGCCUCGACCACGCCAAGCUCACUGCCCAAGCCCGAUAUCGGUUUUGCGUCCACAGACGCACGAUGCUCUUGCAAGCCGUUAACGCUUGUUCAAUGCAGCAACACAGCAGCUCGAACACCGGAGCAGGAGGGAGUGGGGGACAUAUUGCGCAACUGGCAGCCCAGUUAUCCGAAACUACGGCCGAGUGCGAUCAGUUGUUGGAGCAGAUGAUGCGGAUAGUCGAUCAACAGGCGCAGUGCGUGAAACUGCAGGAUGUGCAUUGGGCCAGUGCAUUAGCGGUUGCUCUUCGUAAGCGGACGGCUGAGCUCAAGGCCGCGAAGGAGCGAAUAUCACAGCUGGAGGCCGAACUCGAGGAGGCGUGGAAAGAGGCUGAGACAAUUGCGCGGGAGCUGGAUGAUCAAGAGGAGGAGCUCGAGGAGGAGGAAGGGGAGGUGACCGCAGAUAUCACGGGAGAGGUUCAUCAGCAAGCGGGAGAAGAUUUAACGGAGGAUCUCACGGGUAGCGUGGACCGCGGAGGCGAAGGAAGCGAUACGGGAGAGCUCACAGGAGAUGACGAAGACCAGGAAGAAGCGCAUGUAAUCGUUGCCGAGCAUCUCACAAUCCUCAAAUCACCGCCUGCAGUUUUACACGACCUUCCUUCCCUCGUCGACCUCAAGGCCAGCGCCAGCGCCAAUUCGAGCUCGAAUCCCUCGUCGCCAGUCUCCACGUCAUAUGUCCAUGUAUUCUCGUCACCUCCGAACACGCCGACACCCUAUGCACAGGACGGCCAGCCUAACACGCCCCGCCCAACGCAGCAUACGCGAUAUCCUUCUGCUAUCGCGUCGGAGAUGAGUUACCAGAUCGCAAACUCAAUGGAUUCGAGGGUUCUUGCCGCUUCGCCUCCGCCUCUUCCAACUGCUACAACUGCAAUCGUAGCGCAGGCGGAUGCCCCCAUUCCUCCGGCCAAAGACGACGAUGCCGCUACAAUCCACAGCGUCCACAGCACUCGAAGCCUCCGGAGCACUAAAAGCGCGAAGAGUACGAAAAGCACCAAAAGUGUGCGUCCCCCUGGGACGAGCCGUGUCAGUCAGGUGUUCGCUGCGAGGAGACGGAGUAUACGCGCGUCGUUGGGGAGCUUGAGGAUUCCUAAACUGCGUCAUGGUUCGAGACAUGCGAGCUCAAUGAGCGCAGGAGGUAUUGCGGAUGUGGGUGUUGGCGACGGUGAUGGUGGUUCAGAAGGAAAGAGCAACCGUCCACCUGUCCCAGAGCUUCCAAGCGCAUAUAUCCGGAAACCUUCCGUUUCGAUCACAACGAUGGCAUCCAAUCACUCAAAAUCACCCUCAACCACGCUUCCGCCUUCCUCCUCGUCUUCGUCAGUAGUGUCCCCCGCGUCUGUACGCAGGGUGUUCUCCUUCGGUCGACACGGUAAAGCCCAGCACCCAAAUCUACUCUUACAAUCCCAGCCCCAAGCCCAACAACCGCAUGCAACACUUCCAGAAGCAGGCGCGAGUCCAGGAGUGCCAGCGUCGUUGAGGUCGCGUAAACCCCGGAUGAGCGUAGAUGAUAUUCAGGUUGUACCACGUUCUCCGCGAUACGAUGUUACCCCGAGUCGGCCGAGUGCCGUGGAUGACAUUGGUAUUGAUGCGCGCAGUGGGGCACACAUGAGGAGGCGGAUGAGCGGCGUUGGGGGUAUUGGGGGAGUCAGUGGGUUGAUGAAGAGGCUGGAGUGGGUGAUGGGAGGCGAGGCUGAGGGUUCUGAGGAGGUGCGUGCAGAAGGCGCGCCGGGCGGCAGUGGUGGUGACGACAAGGGGAAGGAGGAAGCGAAGCAAGAGAGUAGCCACCACCCUCUUAGCGCUACCUCAAAAGCUCUCCACUCACUUAAAACCUCCCCCGAACGACUAUUCCACCGUGUGAACGGCUCUUCAUCCUCCUCCACUUCUGCCUCCAGUACCACCACCACAUCGACGCCCAGUCCAGGCGGAAUCCUUCACAGCGCACGAAAACGAUACACAAUGUCCUUCCCUCUCUUUACUGGAUCAAACACAGCAGCUUCUUCAACAACAAUCCCUGAUUCGACGCCGCCAUCCGCGUCGACGUCAAGGCUGGGUUUAGGGCCGAAAAUGAGGCCUGCGUCGUCGGCGCAGUAUUCGAAUUGA